CUUCAGUGCGGCAACUUCGCUGACCCGCAAAACCAGAGAAACUCCCUCACCGCGACGAGCCCCACCGCGCGUGGAUUUUACAAAAGCGGGCGACUGUACGAUCCUUGGCAGUGUUCUGAGACUGUACAGUCACUUUUGCCCUGCUGGUGGACUUUACUGCAUUUUCACGGUCAGUUUUGCGUCCUUUUCUGUGAUUUAACGCGAGCGUCUGCGGGGGGUUUGGAGCGCGUCCCGUUUGCGCAGAGGUCGCACUGCUGUUGAACUGCGGGAGCUUCGAGGGGACAGAGAGAUGACAGCGGAGAAAGAGAAGAAGAGGUGCAGCUCAGAGCGGCGUAAGGAGAAAUCUCGAGACGCGGCACGCAGCAGGCGCAGUAAGGAGACGGAGGUGUUUUAUGAAGUGGCCCGCCAGCUGCCUCUCCCACACAGCAUCAGCUCACAUCUGGAUAAAGCCUCCAUCAUGAGACUGGCCAUCAGCUACCUGCGGACACGCAAACUCCUCACCUCAGCCGGUGCUACUGCCACAGAGACGACAGACAUGGACAGACUGAUGGACAGUUGGUAUCUGAAGUCACUGGGUGGCUUCAUUAGCGUGGUAACAUCAGACGGAGACAUAAUCUUCUUGUCAGAGAACAUCAACAAAUUCCUGGGUCUCACACAGGUGGAACUCACAGGGCACAGCAUCUUUGAUUUCACUCACCCCUGUGACCACGAGGAGAUCCGCGAGAACCUCAGCCUCAAAGCCGGCAUGGGAAAGAAAGGCAAGGAGCUGAGCACAGAGAGGGAUUUCUUCAUGAGAAUGAAAUGCACAGUCACGAAUCGCGGGCGCACCGUCAACCUCAAGUCAGCCAGCUGGAAGGUGCUGCACUGCACAGGGCACCUGAAGGUGUGUAACGGCUGUCCCGCACGAGUGCUGUGUGGAUUUAAAGAGCCGCCUCUCUCCUGUGUGGUCAUGAUGUGUGAGCCCAUCGCCCAUCCAUCAAACAUCGACACGCCGCUCGACAGCAAGACCUUCCUGAGUCGCCACAGCAUGGACAUGAAGUUUACUUACUGUGAUGACAGAGUUACUGAGUUGAUGGGUUACAGUCCUGAAGAUCUUCUGGGCCGGUCGGCGUAUGAGUUCUAUCAUGCUCUGGACUCCGACAGCGUCACCAAAAGCCACCAGAACCUGUGCACUAAGGGCCAGGCGGUGAGCGGUCAGUACAGGAUGUUGGCUAAGAAUGGGGGCUAUGUGUGGGUGGAGACCCAGGGUACCGUCAUCUACAACAGUCGCAACUCCCAGCCCCAGUGCAUUGUGUGCGUGAACUACGUGCUGAGUGAUGUUGAGGAGAAGUCUAUGAUCUUCUGUAUGGACCAGACUGAGUCUCUGUUCAAGCCUCAGCACUUGAACUGUUUCUUCAGUCCAAGCACCAAACUCAAAGAGGAGCCUGAGGAUCUCACCCAGCUGGCACCUACACCUGGUGACACCAUCAUCUCUCUUGACUUUGGUAACCCCCAGUAUGAGGAGCACCCGAUGUACAGCAAAGUGUCUGCUGUUGCCCCUGCUGUCUCUCACUCUGUUCAUGAUGGACACAAGACAAGCUACGCUGGAGACAUGGCCAAGAUGGCCGGCACUUUCUCUGUGCCUCAGGCUCUGCCGGCCAGCAGUACAACUCCCAGCCUGAGCAGCUGCUCUACACCCAGCAGUCCUGGAGAUUACUACACCUCAGUGGACAGUGACCUGAAGGUGGAGCUGACCGAGAAACUGUUUUCCUUGGACACACAAGAGACAAAGACUCCCUGCAACCAAAAGACUGACCUGAAUGAUCUGGACUUGGAGACUCUGGCUCCCUACAUCCCCAUGGAUGGUGAGGACUUCCAGCUCAAUCCCAUCUGCCAGGAGGAUCCGUCAUCUGAGAUCGGGGCCCUGGGUACCAACCAGCAGAGCUUCAGCAACAUCACAAGCCUCUUCCAACCCUUGAGUUCCCCUUCAGCAGCCCACUUCCAGCCCAACAUGAGUUCAGGAGGGGACAAGCAGAGCAUCAACAGAGGCUCUGUGGAGUCCUGGCCAUCUGUACCCUACAGCAGGGGCCCCAUGCAGAUGCCUCCCUACCAUGACCCCGCCAGCACCCCGCUGUCCUCUAUGGGAGGCCGUCAGAAUCUGCAGUGGCCGCCUGACCCUCCGUUACCCAGCAAGGCUGGAAUGAUGGAUCCUUUAGCUGCAAAGCGCUCUUGCCAAACUGUGCCAGCAAAUCGAAUGGCGCCUUAUUUGCAAAGGCCCAUGGAGAACUUUGUGCAGAACUACAGAGAUAUAAGUCCAGCUCGACUUGCUCUCGCUAACAAUUUCAAGCGCUCGUUCACACAGAUGACAAUGAAUGAGCCGCCCAUCACAAAAUCACAACAGCCAAUGUGGAAGAGACUUCGGAAUGAGAGCUGUGCCGUUAUGGACAGAAAAUCAGACAAAGGCAUGGCCCCUAAUGGAGGCAUGGACCACCAGCACAGGAAGACCCAGUAUUCAGGGAAUCAGGCCGGACAAGCGACAAAGAGCUUUAGAGAAGAGUGCUGUAACUACAGAGAGUUCAACAUGCAGCCUUCCUCCAAGAUGGAUGGAAUCGCGAGUCGUCUUAUCGGGGCCUCCUUCGAGACCUACUCUCUGCCUGAACUGACGCGUUACGACUGCGAGGUCAACGUCCCAUUGCAAGGCAAUCUUCAUUUGCUGCAGGGCAGUGACCUCCUAAGAGCAUUAGACCAGGCCACUUAGACCGGUUUCUCCACAGAAAUGCAGUCCCACUUUCCCCCGAACCCUAUCGCUCAUCUCACACUCACCAUCCCAGCUUUAGCCCAUCCCACAAACACCCUCUCACAGUCAUAUCUACCUGAGCGCAUACAUGACAAAUGUAGCUUUGAUUCUAUUUUUAUUGUCUACGUCUUCAUAAAUUAUAUACAUGUGCUAUUUUUUUUAGUUACAAGACGGUUUCGGAAAUUAAUUUAAGUAAUUUUGUAGGAGUUGAAAUGAUGUUGCGUUGUGUCUCUGCUUGUCAGAUCACUCGGCGAAGCGGUUUUCAGCAUACUCUCCUUUUUUUUCCUCUAUCAAUGUCAGAGAAGAAAAGCAAAAAAGAAUCUACUGUAAGCUACUUGUUUUAAAAUGUUCUAAUUUCUUUUAUUUUUUCUAACUUUCCUACCUCUGACACAUCAUUACAGACCCCAUGAAAUCAAAAGGCUAGUUUUGAGCUCAUCUAUACACUAAUGCAGUGGUUUCCAAAGAUGUUUUAUUAAAUAAUUCAAUCAGCAUUAACAAUAGCUGCUCUUCAUACAUGUGCUGCUGUCUUUCCACUUGCACAAACACGUUCACUCUGAGUGAAGGGUUGCCAGAUUUGACAAAAAACAACCUGGUCUAAUACAGUGACCCUUGUUAUUAUGCUUUAGGUAGGUAGUAUUCUCUAAACAAACCCCUUAAAAUGAAC